AUGCUGCCGUCAUUAAAGAGUGUGACCAGACCUCUGGUCAGGACAAUGUACAGUGAUACACUGAAGAAUUUGAUGAUAAAUAAAGACACAAAAGUUAUUAUUCAGGGUUUCACGGGAAAACAAGGAACAUUUCAUGGACAACAAAUGAUUGAUUAUGGGACGAAAGUCGUCGGUGGUGUGUCACCGAACAAGGCUGGAACGGAGCAUCUGGGCUUGCCAGUAUUCAAAACAGUGGCAGAGGCAAAAGAGGCGACUGGAUGCGAUGCUACGGUCAUCUAUGUUCCAUAUAAGGCAGCUGGAAAGGCUAUUGAAGAAGCUAUGGAAGCCGAGGUCGGUCUCAUUGUUUGCAUUAGUGAAGGAGUUCCUCAGCAUGAUAUGGUGUACGCGAAAAAUAAAUCUCGGCUGGUAGGUCCUAAUUGUCCGGGAAUCAUCAAAUCGGACGAGUGUAAAAUCGGUAUCAUGCCUGGUGGAAUCCACAAGAAGGGUUGCAUAGGACUGUACAUCAAGACAAAGCAUCAGGCUGGCAUGGGCAAGACUGGUGCUUGGUAUAGACGUGAUCCCUUCAAUGGCACCAAUUUCAUUGAUUGUUUGGAAGUGUUUUUCGCUGACAAGAGUACUAGAGGUCUAGCAGGCGACAAAAUAGAAGCUCUCAAAUCAGCUGGUGUCCACGUAGUGGACUCACCUGCACAUCUUGGGGUAACCAUGGCCAAAUCACUAAUCCAUGGCGCCUAUGGCGCUCGUUAA